AUGCCGUGUAGCCAUAAAUUCCAUUCUGAUUGUAUCAACAAGUGGUUGGGGAUCCAAGGGUCGUGUCCGUUUUGUCAGUACAAGAUGCCGGAGGAGGAGAAAAAGGAAGAUACUGACAGUGACGAUGAAACGAGAAGAGCAGGUUCCUUCAGUAGGGACCUAAGUCUUGAAGCUGAUGUAAUUGAAAGUAAUGCUAGCAAUACUGGGAUUGAUCUUGAGGCUGAUCAAAUAGUGCCAGGUGAACCUGGUGAAUCAGAUGGAAAUAAAACACUAUGUUGCUGCUCCAAUAGAAAGAACGACGAAUCCGGACAUGACAAUUCGAGUUCAGAUAAUAGGAGCAAUUCUGGUCCAGAUGGCAAUAACGGGUUCUCUAAUCAAGACAUGGAGAUAGAUUCAUAG